GUGGUGUGACAGGAGUUGCCCGUGUUCGUAUUUCGUAUCCUCUCGGCGCGGCGCCCUGCGCUCGGCUUUGCUCGGCUCGUCUUCGGCUCGGCGCGAGUGGUUGGGCAGGAUCGUCUGGCGUCGCUCCGCUCCCCCGUGAUUGUCACCAAUCUCAAGCCGGCUCCACCAACCGACCACUACCCGCUCGCCGACCCUGCCCUGCCGUCUCAGCCUGUCCUCCCUGCAGUGGCUCUGUCAGGACCAUGUCGUGAUGAAGUGGAAAAGUGUGGUGCCAAGUCAUGAAGUGGACUUAAGAAGUGUAUGAAGAAAGAAGACUGAGUGAACUCAAGUGCAAAGCCGAACUUCGGCAGUGAUAACAGACUAGUGAGGGGGGUCUUGAUGUUUUUCAGCCCCUCUAGUUUUUUAUUAAUUUUAAAAGUAGUGGACAAUACUUUUUUGUGGUGCUGAAAACACCCUCUUCUCAUCUGUGCUUGGCAAUCGAUGGAUAAGAAGAAAAUGUUAUCCAAACGUCAAAGAGUUGAAAUUUCCCGCGGCCCCAUCUCUGCCAAUGGACCUAUCCAAGCAAGGCCACUUGUGGCCCUUCUCGAUGGACGGGACUGUUCCAUUGAGAUGCCAAUCCUCAAGGAUGUUGCAACAGUGGCUUUCUGUGAUGCCCAAUCGACAUCGGAAAUUCACGAAAAGGUCUUGAAUGAGGCAGUUGGAGCCCUUAUGUGGCACACAAUUAUACUCACAAAAGAAGAUUUGGAGAAAUUCAAGGCCCUUAAAGUUAUUGUUCGAAUUGGAAGCGGAGUAGACAACAUAGAUGUUAAGGCUGCAGGAGAGUUGGGAAUUGCAGUAUGCAAUGUACCAGGGUAUGGUGUUGAAGAGGUGGCAGAUACAACAUUGUGCCUCAUUCUAAAUCUUUACCGUCGCACAUACUGGCUGGCCAACAUGGUGCGAGAAGGAAAGAAAUUUACUGGUCCUGAACAGGUACGAGAAGCAGCACAAGGAUGUGCCAGGAUACGAGGUGACACUUUGGGAAUUAUUGGCCUGGGUCGCAUUGGUUCAGCAGUUGCUCUACGAGCGAAAGCAUUUGGGUUCAAUGUCAUUUUCUAUGACCCAUAUCUACCUGAUGGCAUAGAAAAAUCAUUGGGCCUCAGCAGACUUUACACCUUAACGGAUCUGCUGUUCCAGUCAGAUUGCGUCUCGCUACACUGUACUUUGAAUGAACAUAACCAUCAUCUUAUUAAUGAAUAUGCCAUUAAACAGAUGAGGCCAGGUGCAUUCUUAGUGAAUACAGCAAGAGGUGGUCUGGUAGAUGACGAUGCUUUAGCUGCUGCUUUAAAACAAGGUAGAAUUCGAGCUGCUGCCCUAGAUGUUCAUGAAAAUGAGCCAUAUAAUGCUUUCCAAGGCAACCUUAAAGACGCUCCAAAUUUGAUAUGCACACCUCAUGCAGCCUUUUACUCCGACGUAUCGUGCUCAGAGCUACGAGAAAUGGCGGCCAGCGAAAUCAGACGUGCCAUUGUGGGACGAAUUCCAGAGUGCCUCCGCAACUGUGUCAAUAAGGAAUACUUCCCAUCUGUGCCAUACUCACAAGAUGGCAUUAAUGGUGGCUACUACUCAGCCGGUGGUCUGCAAACAUUACAGCCCGCUCACUCCACCACCCCCCACGACCAGGUGCAGCACCAGGCAGCCACCAAUGGGGGAGCUACAUCAGUUGGGUCGGCACCCUCUGGACCUGGGCCAUCAUUGCCACAUAACGGGCUCACUGGUUGUUGACAGGCUCCACCACCAAGCGAACCACCUGGGGCAGGCCUUCACCCUCCUCGUUCAGAAUCUUCUGAUAACCAUUGACUGCCAAGGGACAUCAAGUUUUCAAGCCAGUUUGUUGCAGUGAUUUAACCUUCCCCAGUAGGAGAGAUUUACAUGCAGCACCAACAAAUCAAGCUGGAGAAAAAUUAGUCUUCUGAAUGAAAUGACAUUCCAUGUUGGGUGGGGAGAGAAAGAAAAAAUUAUAAAAUGCUGUCAUCACAUGCUGAAGCUUCUGCUAAAUAUUUUUGUGUGGAGUUCUGGUGUUUGACUGAAGCAAUGUGUUUUGAAGACUUGAGAUGCUUAUCAAGUGAUAGUGUGCCUUCAAGUGACAAAAGAAGAUGAAUGUGGGAAUAUGUAUGAUUUUAAAUACACACCAGAGUCAAGGGAAUGCAUCAUUCCAGUACUGAAGUGCAUAAUCUGCAUUUAAUUUUUUUUCUCUGGAAAGUGGUUUUUGCAUUUCAAUUCUACUUUCUUUAAAUGACACUUCCAAACUACCAUUUCAUUUUCAUUUUGUUUCUCACAUAAAGAAAAUAUUUUGUAAAGUUGACUAGCUUUUCAAUAGAUGGCACAUCAGUAAUAUUAAGCCCUAUGUUAUAAUUUGAGAUGAGAUUAUGCAUGUGAUUGAAAGUAUACUUUGUUUAGAGAACAGACAAUUAUUAGCCCAAGUUUAGUGAAAAUGAUUAGAUAUUGACUUAUCCCUAUUAUUUUACAUUCUUUGUUCUUACACUAUUUAUUAAAAUUUUAGUUUCAUCAUAUCUGUUACUUCUUAAGUGUUACUGAUUUUAUCCUUUAUUUUGCCACAUUACAAUUAUAAAUUGUGUUUUGAAGGCCAAGUUAGUUAGCAUAUACCUUUUCAAAAAGAAUCAAAGCAAACUAUAUGUCAGCAAGAAUUUACUAUUUAUUCCUCAUUUUGUGUGAAAAUUAAUCUCUAUGGACCCACUACUUUUUAUGUUUUGGGCAUAUAAAUUGUAGGACUUUCAGACUUGUUUGCUUUCCUGUCCAACUUACCUAUCUCUCAAAGUCUAAGUAUUGCAACAUAUUUUAUCAGUAAUUUUGUGGAAUGAUUAGCAAACAAGUCCUUACUGUAAUUUUGCACUGCCAGUAUUGUCCUGUUUUGGUCUUCAAUGAGAUGUGCUCCGGAGACUUUUUAGGAUGUUAAGAUGUAUGUAAGAGUGACAUAAGACUUUACACUCCAUGAGCUGUGGUGCAUUCUUAAUUUUUCCUUGUACUGAACCUCAGAAUAGUCAUGGUUUGUUAAUUUGCUCUGUGAUUUUAGUGUAUUGGGUGGGGUAUAUGUGCUGUGAUUGUGACUUAAUUGGCGGAAACUUUAGGAGUUGCUGCUGAAAGUUCUCCUCAAGAGGUCCUACAUUUUAUAUGCCUUUCAUUACAACAUUCAUUAAGAAGUUUUAGUUGACAUUUUGUCAAGUGUGUACUGUAAAAGGCUUUGUGCUUCAUACUUCCAUUAGUCAAUACAUUUCAACUUAUUGUUUUUACCUAUCUAGAUAUGAACUCCUUUUCUAAAAUGGAAAAGUAAUAUUACUGUGUAUCUUAAAAAGUGAAAUAUGGUUCAACUGAAAUCAAAACAACAGUUUGGACUUCAAGAAAAUGUACUUAAUUUUAGGGUGUAAAAUGAUUCCAUUAGACAUCUUGGUAGUGUUAUGCUUCUUAUGUCCUGAAAAUUUGUCAAACAUAAUUCUGCAACACUUGUGCUUAUCUUUCUUGCGAAACAUAAAAAAAGAUAUCUUCUGUUUUAUUUUGCUACACUCAAAAACACAUGUAUAAUAGAAAUAAUAUUUUAAAAUUUGAAUGUUUUUGAUGAACUGGCUUCAUUUACUCUCACAUGUAUGGAACCUGUAUAUGUAUGUAUACUCAUUGCAUGCAAACCCUUAGUCAAUAUACUUCUGAAGGCACAGAAAAA